AUUUUCCUUUUCGACGGGCACGGACGUGUAAGGUUUUGUGUCCGCGUAGCUCGGACUGUGGCCCUAUCUGCAUGCCAGUGCCCUUCGGCGGCUUGCAGCUUAGACGAAAUGUACUUUUAAUUCAUGUAUUUGUGUGGAACGGAAGAAAAAUCUCCCCCUCCCGGGACAGAGGAAGGGUAACCCGUGGCUUGUGAUAUGGUCCUUCUUCGCCGUCAUUUGAUGUUGUGUUGUCUGUGUGUACUUUAAAAAAUAUGUAUUUUUUUGUGUGAAACGUGCAAUAGAACGGGUGAUUUUCGCUGGCGAAAGUCUCUACCCUUCCCGUAAACAUUCCGAACGGCGACGGCAAUAAACCUAGAGGGAAGGUAACGGUGUUUCAAUCGCAAUCAAUCAGUAGGCGUUUGUUUUCUCCACGAGUCAACCGAACCGAGGCCGCUUGCCCUGGGAGGGCAGGUAGUGUUCGUUCCAUGGUAGCCGUCGGGAUCGUUCGGUCAGGAUGGGCAACGAACCGCCAAAACCCGGAACGGAUGACGCGAAUGAGACGGAGGCAGAGCAGGCGGAGUACUGCGGGCUGUCGACGACGGUGGCGUUGCAGCGCCUGCACGACGACAUCGAGACGCUGCUGAGCGGGUACGAGGAGCGGUUCGGGCGCCUAUCUUGGCUGGCGAAGAUUCGCUCGACGUUCGCGGACGACAGUGCGACCAGCCCGCUCGGCUGGUUCCCGACACUGGUCACCGUUGCCUGCGUCCUGUCGCUGGCUUCCACUGGGUACCACUGCUCGGCUGGCCUGUUGCUCGCCCUGUUGCUGCUUACCGUGGCGGUGGUGGUGCGCGAGAACAACCUGCGCAAGACGGAAAUCUACCGGAAGGUGCGGACGGUACUGCACGAGAUCCGGCUUGGGGCGGAGCUGUGCGCCGACUGGACGAUCGAGAACUAUCCGCACCUGUGCAGCCCACUGUCGCCGUGCGUCACGCUCCAGUGGACGUACCGGGAUGGGCGCGUGGUAAACUUACCCUGGGCACUGCUCGUGCGCGGUGACCACAUCGUGAUGCGGCCGGGCCAGGUGUCGCCCGGCACGUGCACCGAGGUGCGUGGCAGGCGACGCUUCAAGUGCGGCGAAACGUAUGGUCUGCAGCAGCCGACCGAGCAGCCGGUGCGGCCGAUUGCCCGCUCACCCCUACCCGACCUGGUGUGUGUCGUCGAGGCGACGCCCUACCUCGACAUACUGCGCAAGUCGCUCGACUGCUUCCUCGAUCGGCCGCGCACCAUCAUCAAUCAGCAGCGCGAGCUUCUCGUCUCGCACUGCCUGCAGCGCUGGGGCUUCGGGCUCGUCCUGCUGCUGACCGGCUCGGUCGGGCUGCUGCGCAACGUCGGGCUCUACUUCGCCGGCAAGCUGCCGACUGACUGGAUGAACGUCUGCCUGCUCAACCCGACCGCGGCCGUACUGCCACUGCUGCCACUGAUCUUUCCGCUGCUCUGGGUAGCGAUCAACCUAUGGGGUGUCGCGCGCCUCGAAACCCUCCUCUCGAUCCCACAGGCCGUCAUCUGUGCCCAGGCGCAGAAGUCCUUCCAGGAGGAUCUCGAUACGCCCACCUGCGAUCUCGACCACGUCAAGCUGCCACGCCGAACCGUGUUCUUCUACUGGUGGCAGCUGAUCAAGGGCCGCUCGGAGCUGCUCGGUCGCAGCGCCAGCGUCGUGCAGGUGCUCGGUACCAUUACGGCACUCUGCUGCGUCGACAAAAAGGGCAUUCUAUCGUGGCCGAACCCGACCGCUGAGAAGGUUUUCUUCCUGCGGAACGCCCGCGAAGGCGAAAACACUGCCGGCGACCAGUCCGACCAGAGUAGCCUCAACUCGCAGUGCUGCCAGGAACAUUACCAUCCACUAUCACAUAUAAUCGAGCUGAGCUCCCAGAAGGAACCGAUGGGGGCCAUCGCAGAAGUACUCGAUCUAACGCACGAUCAACACAGCCCGUUCAAGCUCGAAUUCGACGACCACGAUUUCAAGAACCACCUUACGUCGCUGAAGCCUCUCGGGCUUGCCAUCCUGGUGAACACCUGCUGCCCGUUGACGCAAGCGCACUAUGCCAAGUUCUGCGGCCACGUGACGGCAGCUGCGAUGCUCGACAAGGAUCUAGUUCCGGUCACCAAUCGGUAUGCGAUUGUUGAGUCGAGUUUGAAUUGCUUUAUGCAUGGCCGGUGCCUGUGUGAGCUGGCGAAGCAGAUCGGGUUUUUGCCGCAGGCCCGCGACAUCUUCCAGCUGGAGGGGCAGAUAUCGAGCUACCGGCAUCUGCAACCGGACGUGGUGCGGCGCGACAUCCGGUUCGCUCGUUCGCUCCAGCUGGCGACGAAGGUGAAGGUGCCGUUUCCGCACUCGCUGUCGGUGGUGAUGCGCGAGAUCAACAACGGUUCGCUGCAGCUGCUGACCCAGGGCACGGCCGACAUCGUGCUGGACUGCUGCGACGACUACUGGGACGGGCACGAUCUGCAGCCGCUGACGGAGAAGGAGCGCAAGCGGGCGCAGGACUUCUACCAGCGCUCGGCCCUGACGGCGUACUGCACCGCCUUUGCCUACCGGCCGCUGCGCCACGGUAUCCGGGGCGCCCUGUCCGGGGGCCAGCGGGACGGCAACAUCGCCUACCUGGAGCUGCCACCGGAGAGCAAGCACCGGCGCGAUGCAGCGCUCUACCAGCUUCCGCACCGGCCGCAUCAGCAUCCGCAGCGCGAAAACUACAGUGACCUGCUCGUGGACGCACUCGGCGGUGGCGGCGGGGGCUUCGGCGGUGGCCACGGCGACGGGGGCGAAGGUGCCGGCGAUGGAAAAGCCGGACCGGGAGCGCGGUGCGAUACGGGUUGCGGCGGAGAACAGCACGGAGGUGGUGCGGCAGGUGCCCCGCUGGCACACCACUCCAUCUCCACCGACUCGCUGCUGUUUACCGACAAUCGGGACGACGACAUCUCAGAUGUGGACGGGUGCUACCGUAUGCAGUGCCAUCAGGUGUUCAUCGGCAUGGUGACGAUGCAGUACCAGGCGCAGACGGACAUUGUACAGCUGAUCGAGCGGCUCGAGCGCGCUUGCAUUCGCUUCGUGCACUUCAGCAAGGAGAACGAGCUGCGGUCGCGUGUGUUUUCCGAGAAGAUGGGCCUGGAGAGUGGCUGGAAUUGUCAUAUCUCGCUGCUGAGCGACGCCUCGGACAGCCGCGCCUCGUCGCCGUCACCGUCGCCGUCCCCUACGCCGACUCCGACGCCCACGCCGACCCCCGGCGAGCGCAACCAUCUGCUGCAGCCGACGACGACGACGACGACGACGACGACGCUGACGCCUGGAACGGGAACUUCGCUGGAGGCAACGCGAGCGCUGAGUUCGUCGGCACCGUGCGCUAUUUCGCAGCCGGCCCCCGCUGUUUCCCCGGCGACGGUGGCGGAGCCGGUCCCUGCCGAUGGCACGACGGCGCCGACCGUCAGUUGGCAGGAGGCGGGCCAGCAGCAAGGGCAGGGUGGACAGCAGGGACACUGCCGAUCGCUGAGCUGCCUCACCGACAGCACCGAGCAGAGCGCACCGAUCAACUUCGACAUGUCGAACCGGGCGAAGCUGCCGCGCGGCAUCGAGAACAUCCGGCCGCACCUGGAGAACGUGGACAACGUGCCGCUGCUGGUGUCGCUGUUCACCGACUGCUCGGCGGAGGCGACGCGCGAGAUGCUGCGCAUCAUGCAGCAGUACGGCGAGAUCGUCGUCUGCCUCGGCUCGUCCGCCUCCAACUCCAACUCGGAGAUCUUCCUGCAGGGCGACUGCUCGAUCGCGAUCGAGCCGCUCUACCCGCAGGUGUGCCAGGAGUACCCGGCGUACAGCGAGUCGAACAUCUACAACAACCGGGCGGGCGCGCGGUCGGCCGGUGCCCGGACGGCGCUGGCGGCGGGCCGCCUGCCGGACCGGUGCGCCACCAUCUCGCCGGUCUACCUCAGCCGCAUCCUCAACUCGAUCGCCUGCUCGAUCGCGACCUGCCGCGACGAUCCGAUUUCGGUCGUGGCCGUGAUCGAGCUGUCGCGCCGCUUCAUGGCCGGCCUGUGGAGCUGCGUGCAGUUCUGGGCGUGCUGCGGGGCCUCGCUGGCGAUCAUGAACACCGUCACCGCGUGCCUCUCGCUGCCGCCGAUGAUCGUGCCGCUGCACGCGCUCUACCUGAUGUGCGUGGUCGUGCCGCUGGUCGCGCUGACGCUGCUGCGCGUCGAGCCGGACCCGGCGCUGAUGAAGCGCGCCACCGGCAAGAAGCAGAAGACGCUCAGCUCCCGGCUGGUGCUGUUCGUGCUGUGGUGCUACGGCUUCAAGUUCGCGCUCGCCAUCGCCGUGCUGGUGCUCGCCUACUGCACCUUCCUGUCGCACCCGAUCGAGCUGUUUGCCGGCGGCGGUGUUGACGGUGUUGGCGGCGUCGACGGUGGUGACCUUCUUCGGGUCGGCGCCGACCACCGGGCGGGACAUCAGCAGACCGUCGGCGGCGUGCUGGUGCGCGGGGAGCAGGCGCUCGCCGGCGACCUGCAUGUCGCCCGGUCCUUCAUCCUGCUCGGCACCGUGCUGCACUUCGUCACCAUCUCGGCAUCGUUCGUGCACCGCGACCACAACUGCUUCCGGCGCAGCCCGCUCAGCAACCUCUGCUGGGUGUCGGUGGUCGCGCUCAUCCUUCUGGUGCACCUGGCGCUCGCCGUUGUCCAGCUGCUCACCGACGACUACCUCUGGCAGGAGAUGGAGCGCGUCUGGCCGAUCGUACUCUGCAUCGUGCUGAUGGCGAUCGCCACCUUCCUGGCGAGCGAGAUCUUCAAGUGGGAGGAAAUCAAGGUCAACAGUCGCUACAUUCGCCGGGCGCGGCUCGACUUCGGCACCAAGCUCGGCAUGAACUCGCCAUUCUAACACGCUACCAGCGACAAGCCGUAUAUGUUGUGUGUGUGUGUGUAUGUGUGGUCGGAACUACAAAUGUGCAAUUGUCGGUGUUCGACGCCCUCUAGCUGUAGUGCAAUACUUUACCCACAUAGCCCCUUUCAAUAUCGCAUUAGAUUAGCAGUUUAGUUAGCUCUGUGUAUAGAUUAGUUAUAGUUUAGUUUAUUGUUUAGUUAGCUCCGUGUAUAGAUUGCUGCAAAAGGAAGGAGAAGUCGGUAGGGUUUUCCGUUGGUUUUAUUAUACAUACUAUUACUU